GUGACGAGAUGCGGUAAAAGCGGUCUGUGGCGGUCCUGCUGCGGUCAGCCAACAGAGGGCAACAACAGAGCCGUUUCUCUCCACUGGAGGCCAAAUGUUGGUGUUUGGAGGCUGAGAGCAGAGGUGGACCUAGCUUGGCUGCUGGAGUUUCAGCAGAGUGAAGAAAGACGCCGUAAAACACCAGGAAACGCGCUGAAACAUGGACCACGAGAAGGAGAAAAGGGUUUAUAUGGACGGUGGAGGUGACCAGCCCGAUCGCACAUGGGGUGAAGAACUCCGACUGGUCCUUGUGGGGCAGACCGGAUCUGGAAAGAGUGCGUCUGGAAACACCAUCCUGGGCCACAGACGGUUCCUGUCGCGGAUCAGCGCCAGCUCCGUCACCCAGGUCUGUGAGCUUGGGAGCGCUGAGCUGAUAGAAGACACACAGGAGGAUGUUCGGGCUGUCACGCGGAAGAGGAGAAUAACGGUGGUGGACAUGCCAGGUUUUGGGGACACCCACCUCAGUGUGGAGCAGACUCGUGCAGAGAUAGCUAAAUGUGUGUGUGUGUCUGCCCCUGGUCCACACGCGUUCCUCCUCGUGGUGCCAAUAGGACGAUACACAGAAGAUCAAAACCAGGCUGUCAGCCAGCUGACCUGCAUAUUUGGAGAAGAAGCUGUCCGUCGUCACACGGUGGUCCUUUUUACCAGGGGGGACGACCUUGAGGGAACUGGGAUUGAGGAAUAUGUAAGAGAAACGGCCCCUGCCGGUCUUAAAGCUCUGAUCGACAGGUGUGGAGGCAGAUACCACGUGUUCAACAACAAAGACCCGAAUAACUCCAUGCAGGUUAAAUGGCUGUUGAGGAAGGUGGAUGCAAUGGUGCAGCAGAAUACCGGGAGGUUUUAUACUAAUGCAAUGUUUUUAGAGGCAGAGGCCGCCAUCACAGAGGAGCUGAGGGAGCGAGGCCAAGCCGAGGGGGAGGAAGACCAGGUUAAAGUUGUAAAACGAAGAAAGUGUGACUUGGAGUCCAGUGGAGGAGAUUUUAGAGUCGAGAGGUGGAGUGAGGAGAGUAGGAGGAGCGCCUUCGGCCUCCUGCGUGACCGGUUCAGGGGGAGGCGUCAGGGUGUUGGCAGGCGGCACUCUCUCCGCCUGUCCCUGAGUCGUUUGAGGAGGGAAGCUGCACUCUCUGCCAAGGUGCUGAACAGAGUUAAGAUCCUGGUGGUGGCUGGAGCAACGGGCAUGGCGGUCGGCGCCGUGUUUGGGGCAGCUGCCCCUUUAGCCGCUGCAGCAGGGGCGUCCCUAGUAGGAAACUCCGUAUCCUUUGCAGCAGGGCAGUUAGCCGGGAUGUCGGCAGCAGGAGGCAUGGGUGUCGGGAAAGCAGUAGGAGCCGUAGUGGCUGCAGCUUCUGGAAAAACAGCCGUGGCCCUUGGUGCAGCAACGGGUGGAGUUUUAGGUGGUUCUGUGGGAGCUGUUGCUGGUGCUGAGGCUGCUAGUCCUCAGGAGGGCGCUUUAGAUGCCCUGGGCCAGGUUGGUGCCAUAGGUGGGUCUGCUGUGGGAGUGGCAGCAUGUGUGGGCUGUGCCCUGGGAGCUGGUGCUGCUUUUAGCUCAGCAGCUCUCCUCGCAGCAGAACCUGUAGCUCAGGGGACUUUAGCUUUAGCAGCACCGCAGCACGCCGUGGCCUCGGCUGCUGCAGGAGCUGGACCUCCUCAGUGUGCUGCAGCUUUAGCUCAGGCGGUGGCUACGCAUGCCCCAGUGGUUGCUGGAUCAACAGGGGCUGUUUGUGAUCCAUCAGGGCCUGUGGUGUCCUCGUUGACCCGGGGGGCUGUUUCAGACCACUGGGGCACCGUGGCAGUAACUACUCGUAUCUUGAGCGCUGUGGCUGAGAUUGGGAAAGCUGCAGCAGGCAUUGCUCUGGCGGGUGGUCUGGUAGUGAAGGUGGUGAAGGAGAAAGUGAGAUCUGGAACAGGUGCGACGGAAGCCAGCUACUCGGAAAAGAAGUCCUGUGAGAUUUAUUGGAACAGAUAAAAGUUAAAGGCCAUAUGUGUCCUUUAACAGCUUUUCUGUUGAAAUAUUCAAAUAAAGACAUCCACAUAAUCUGAUGCGCUGUAAACCCGACCAGGUCAAACAUCACAUUAAAAAUGUUUGAAGCUG